CAAUGCUCACUUUCUCUCUGGUGUGUUUUGUUGAACUCUAUAACUUGUUUUUACAUUGAUAUAGUACUAGUUCAGUUUUCCAUUUGUAGAAGAGAAGUCUUAGCUGCAAAUUGGACCUAAAUUUAUCAAAUAUUAUAAUUUGAAAGGUGUUGGCUAUUUGAAUUAGGUUUGUAUUAUCAAUUUUAGAGUUCUAGCAUAGAAAUGUUUCUUCUUUCAAUCAAGUUUUUGGUCAUUGCAUUUUUUCUCUCCCAAAACAUCCUACAAACUUGCCAACAACUUCCUAUUUCAAAAAAUUUCUUUCAAAUCGAUCUCACUCAAGCCACUGGUCCAGAAAGCAUCGCCUUUGAUUGUAAAAACGAAGGACCAUAUGUAGGUGUAUCUGACGGUAGAAUACUCAAAUGGCAAGGAUCAAAUCUUGGUUGGAAAGAGUUUGCAAUUACUUCUCCAAACAGGGAUAGGAAGGUGUGUGAUGGGUCAACAAAUCCAGAAUUUGAACCAAUAUGUGGAAGACCUUUGGGUUUAAAAUUUAAUUCUAAAACAUGUGAUCUUUACAUUGCUGAUGCUUAUUUCGGUUUAUUAGUAGUAGGUUGGAAUGGAGGAAAAGCUCAACAACUUGCUACUUCCGCAGAUGGAAUCCCAUUCAAAUUAACAAAUGCUUUAGACAUUGAUACUAUUACAGGGAUGAUUUAUUUUACUGAUAGUAGUAAAACUUUUCAAAGAAGGCAGAUAUUGUUUUCUGCCAUAACUUUUGACAGAAGUGGAAGGCUACUUAAAUAUGAUCCUCGGACCAAGGAAGUAAGUGUGAUGUACAAAGGGUUAGCAUUUCCUAACGGAGUAGCUUUAAGCAAAGAUCAUUCGUUCCUUCUAGUUGCAGAAUCGAUUAAAAUGAGAAUAUUGAAGUUCAAGGUGCAAGACGGAGGAAAGGGUUAUGUUCCAGAACAGUUAGUGCAGUUAUCAAGAAUCCCAGAUAAUAUCAAAAGCAAUGAGAAAGGAGAAUUUUGGGUCGCACUAAACACGGGAAGAGAAAGCAUUCAAACUAAUUGGCUUGGGUUUAGCAUUGAUCCUAUUGGGGCAAAGUAUGAUCAAGAUGGGAAGGUUUUGAAGCAAUUGGACGGGAAUGGUGGGCUCACUUUUAAUUCCGUAAGCGAAAUUCUGGAAUUCAAUGGAAAACUAUACCUAGGUUCUGUGGUGAAACCUUAUCUUGGGAUAUUUUAUGCAUAAUUUAUAUUUCAAUUUUUGUUAAUUUAGUUGGUAUCGUUGAAGAAAAUACAA